CAGUUUUAUUCAUAUACCAAUUAUAUGUGAUAACUCCCAUCACAGGUAUCAUUUCAUGUGUGUACCAAUUAUUUAAAAAGGCAGGAAAUAUAUGCCUAUUAUUUCUACUCGUUUUUUUUAAAUUUCAACUAUGGAUUUAUUGAGUAAACAAGGACUCAGAACUGAUGGUCGUAGAGCAGACCAACUACGUAGAAUUAGAUGUCGAAUGGGAGUGUUUAGUCAACCAGACGGUAGUGUUUAUCUUGAACAAGGAAAUACAAAAGUGGUAGCAGCUGUAUAUGGACCUCAUGAGAUUCGUACCAAUCGAUCAAAAGCACCUAAUGACACAGCUUUAAUUAACUGUCAAUAUAGUAUGGCCACAUUUAGUAGAAGUGAACGUAAACGUCGCCCUAGAGAUAACAAGUCUGCAGAGUUAACUCUACAUUUAAAACAAGCAAUGACAACUGCUAUUAAGACUGAACUUUAUCCUAAAUCUCAGAUAGAUAUUUUUGUUGAAGUUUUACAAUCAGAUGGUGGUAAUUAUAGCGUUUGUGUUAAUGCUGCUACUUUAGCAUUGAUUGAUGCGGGUAUAGCUAUGGAAGAAUUUGUAAUAUCAUGUACAGCUAGUUUGGCUAAUGGAGAAACACCUUUAGUUGAUAUUAGUCAUCUUGAAGAAACAAUGGGUGGACCUUGUUUGACUGUAGCUAUUUUACCUAUAUCUGGAAAAAUUGCUGUGUUAGAAACAUCACAACGAAUUCAUUUGAACCACGUAGGGCCAGUAAUUUCAGAAGCUGUUAGGGGAUGUCGAUAUACUUACGAAAAAUUAAAUAGUAUUGUGAAAAAGCAUUAUGAAGAAAUUGGUGGUGCUUCAAAUUGGGGAAAUGAAGAGUAUGUUUAGCUUAAGAUUUAGACUUUGAAUUCAUUAAUCAAUCAAGUCAAUUAUGGUAUAAUUACUUUUUUAUAUAAAAUAUAUGUAUUUUUUUUUAA